ACGCACGGUCACGCACGGUGCAAAUUAAUAAACCUGGAUAUGGUUUACUAAUUUAGAUUGGGCUCAGAUAAGAAGUCAGUCGGUGUGCGGUGUGAGAGAGAUACAACGACGUUACGCUUCUUCAGACGGAGGGAGUCGGAGCGACUGCUGGUUUCGAGGCGGGAGGACACAUGGGUCGACACCACAACCUUUCAUUUUUGCUCUAAUGUGGGUGUUAAAUACGACAAGGAAUCCGACACGAACACCUACUGGCUUUCCAGCGUCCUCUCCUGACAUUUCUGCGCGUCUGUGUUUUCCUUGGAUUUGGGGAGACGUUUCGCGUUAUGUUCAGUGCUGAAAACGGGACUGCGGACGAUAUUUUAUUCGCUCAUUCGCGUCUCGUGUGGACUUAUUAUCAGUGAGUCGCGUGUCAAACAUUGCACGACAAUGCGAGUUGAUGUUUUGUUAUGAUUUUGAAGCGAGUGCGGUCAUUUGAGUAUUAACUUAACAUGUCGGAUUGUUUUUCGUCGUUUUGUACGUCUUUAUCACGAAUUUUCUCCCUCCGUUAAUUCUAUGGACUGCUCCAUUCGGGCUAUUCGUUUCUAAUCUGCAUGCAUCCGCACGAAGAAGGAGAAACCGACAGAUAAACGGCAGAAGGACGGAAGAAUGAAUGAGAUUCACUGAAGAACAGGAGGAAACGCAGUAAAGAGAGAGGGAAGGAGGGGGGCAGGAGGGAGCCCUUGGAAAGAGAAGUGGAAGGGCAGUGUGGAAAAAAGAAAAGAAAACAAGAGGCACUGUCAAAACACAGCAGGAAGAAAAAAAAAGAGAGCAGAGGAAGAAUAAUUCAUAUCCAAAUAUGGGAGAGAAAGAGCAAAAUGGUUCUCCUUCAGUGAGAGGGCGAGGGAAGGAGUGCCCUGCAUUCAAGCGCCCGCUGACCCACACUCCCCCCCACCACCCCUUGCUCAUCCACAGCAUGGCUCUCUCUCUCUGGAUCCUCUUUACCUGCACCAUCGCCCUGAGCAACGUCAGCCCCUCUGCCCAGGCAUUAAGUCGCUCUGCAAUGCCAUUUGGUCUGAUGCGGAGGGAGUUGGCAUGCGAGGGUUACCCCAUCGAGCUCCGCUGCCCCGGCAGUGAUGUCAUCAUGAUCGAGACAGCCAACUACGGCCGCACGGAUGAUAAGAUCUGUGAUGCCGACCCCUUUCAGAUGGAAAAUGUACAGUGCUACCUGCCAGACGCCUUCAAGAUCAUGUCACAAAGGUAG